GGUCGGGCCCGGCCCGUCGGCAUCGCGGCGCCCGGCCGAGGCGCGCGGGGCGGUGAGGCCCCGGGAGGGACGUUCUCCCGAGUUCCCAGCGUCUCUAAACGUCCACCAGGACCUAGUUCACCGGCCUAAGCGUGUGCCCACUCCCCUCGGAGCUGCCUGUGCCGUCCCGGUGCCGCGGUUCGAUGAGCCUGCAGGGGGCGUCCUGCUCCUCGGUGACAGCGGAAGAGAUUGGGCCUGAGAAGGGCGGGACUUGCCCGGGUGUUCGCCUGUAGGUGGGACCGCGAACAGGACUCAGGCUCCCAGGGCAAGUGUUGUGCCCACUGUACUGCGGUUUUAUUAAGAGAGUCCGCUGUUAACAACCUCCACACUUUUCCAAGAGCAGCAGAAAAUGCAUGAGUCCCAGUUGGUGAUUUUUGACGUUUUUAAUUUCCGUUCUGGAGGUAACAAUUGCUACCGCUAACGAGCCAGUGUCAUUCAGGGACGUGGCCGUGGACUUCACCCAGGAGGAGUGGCAGCAGCUGGGCCCGGAGCAGAAGACCACCUACAGGGACGUGAUGCUGGAGAACUACAGCCACCUCGUCUCCGUGGGGUACGACAGCACCAAGCCCAGUGUGAUCGUCAGGUUGGAGCAGGGAGAGGAGCCGUGGGUGGCAGAAGGUGGCUCUCCGUGCCAGGGUUGCCCAGAAAAAAUCAAGAAAGUUGAUGAUGUAUUAGAAAGAAUCCAAGAAAACGAAGAUGAACUUUCAAGGCAAACUUACUAUAUCAGUAGUAAAACUUUAAUUGAAGAGAGAGAGAAUACAUUUGAUAAAACUUAUAACACAGAAGCAAACUUUGUUCCUUCAAGCAUAUCUCAUAGUUGUGUCUCUUGUGGAAAAAAUGUAGAAUCUAGUUCAGAAUUAAUUAUUAGUGAUGGAAGCUAUGCAAGAAAGAAGUCUGAUAAGUGUAGUGAAUGUGGGAAAACACACCAUGGAGAGAAACCUUAUGAAUUGAAUCAAAAUGGGGAAGGCUUUUCUCAAAAUGAAGAAAGUAUUCUUCAAAAAAUUAAUAUUUUAGAGAAACCCUUUGAGUAUAAUGAAUGCAUGGAAGCCUUAGACAAUGAAACUCAUAAGAGAGCUUAUAUCGGGGAGAAGCCCUGUGAGUGGAGUGAUUCUGGACCAGACUUUCUCCAGAUGUCAAAUUUUAAUAUGUACCAGAGAUCACAGAUGGAACUUAAGCCCUUUGAGUGCAGUGAAUGUGGGAAAUCCUUCUGUAAAAAGUCAAAAUUCAUUAUACAUCAGAGGGCUCACACAGGAGAGAAACCUUAUGCGUGCAAUGUAUGUGGCAAAUCCUUCAGCCAAAAGGGAACCCUCACUGUACAUCGGAGAUCACACUUAGAGGAGAAACCCUAUAAAUGUAACGAAUGUGGGAAAACCUUCUGUCAGAAGUUACAUCUCACUCAACAUUUGAGAACUCAUUCAGGAGAAAAACCCUAUGAAUGUAGUGAAUGUGGAAAAACCUUCUGCCAGAAGACGCAUCUCACCCUCCACCAGAGAAAUCAUUCAGGGGAGAGACCCUAUCCGUGCAAUGAGUGUGGGAAAUCCUUCUCCCGCAAGUCAGCCCUCAGUGACCAUCAGAGAACACACACAGGAGAGAAACUCUAUAAAUGUAAUGAAUGUGGGAAGUCCUACUACCGAAAAUCUACCCUUAUUACUCAUCAGAGAACACACACAGGAGAGAAACCUUAUCAAUGUAGUGAGUGUGGAAAAUUCUUUUCUCGAGUGUCAUACCUCACUAUACAUUAUAGAAGCCAUUUAGAAGAGAAACCCUAUGAGUGUAAUGAGUGUGGCAAAACCUUCAAUUUGAAUUCAGCCUUCAUUAGACAUCGGAAAGUACACACGGAUGAGAAACCCCUUGAAUGUAGUGAAUGUGGAAAGUUUUCUCAAUUCUCAUAUCUUAAUGACCAUCAUACAACUCCUUUAGGAGAGAAACCCUAUCAAUGUAAUGAAUGUGGGAGAACUUUCCUUGAAAAUUCAGCCUUUGACGGACACCAGUCAAUUCCAGAAGGAGAGAAAUCCUAUGAAUGUAAUAUAUGUGGAAAAUUGUUCUCUGAUUUGUCAUACUACACUGUACAUUAUAGAAGUCAUUCAGAAGAGAAGCCCUACGGAUGUAGCGAAUGUGGGAAAACCUUCUCCCAUAAUUCAUCCCUCUUUAGACACCAGAGAGUACACACAGGAGAGAAGCCCUAUGAGUGUUAUGAAUGUGGAAAGUUCUUUUCUCAGAAGUCAUAUCUCACCAUACAUCAUAGAAUUCAUUCAGGAGAGAAGCCUUACGAAUGUAGUAAAUGUGGAAAAGUCUUCUCUCGGAUGUCAAACCUCACUGUACAUUAUAGAAGCCAUUCAGGAGAGAAACCCUAUGAAUGUAAUGAAUGUGGAAAAGUCUUUUCCCAGAAGUCGUACCUCACUGUGCAUUACAGAACUCAUUCAGGAGAGAAGCCCUAUGAAUGUAAUGAAUGUGGGAAAAAAUUCCACCACAGAUCAGCCUUCAACAGCCACCAGAGAAUCCAUAGGCGGGGGAAUGUGAAUGUACUCAAUGAGGGAAAUCUCCUGUGAAAGUCAGACCUCGUGUUAGAAAAACCCUCUGAAUAAUGACUUGGAGUCAGAUAUCAUGAUCUGAGAGUUCAUAUGUUUGAAUAGGGAAAAACAUUCAGACAUUAGGUUCAUUUCCAUCUGACUUUUCACAGAGGAGAGUCUCUAAGAAGGCAACAGGAAAAAAUGCCUUCAGAACAUGCUACAACUCAUUGGACACUAGAUAAUUUAUACAGGAGUCAAUUUUAUAAAUAUUUAAUAUUUAUUUUGGAUUAAAGUUGUAUUUACAUAUCAGGGAGUCAUACCAAGGCAAAGUCUGUCAAAAUUGAUAAAUGUGGAAAAAUAUUUUGUCUUGGAAAUUGUUAUACCAAAAGCCAUAUUUCUGAUGUAAAAUCACAUGUUUAUAGGAAAGAUAUCAGAAGCUAUCACCUCUAAACCUUUAUUGUAUAAAACGAAGUUUUCAAACCAUCAGGACUUGAUAAUAAGGUCAGUAGCAUUAAAUACUUAUAUGGAAGUUUCUAUCAUGUUUUAAAAAUGCAAUCUAAUAAUUCUAUGCAAGUUUGGAUUUGAAUAAUUUAUGAAAAGGGAGUAUUCUUAUUUGAGUAUUAAAAUGGCAAAAUGUUGGUGAGAUGUUUGACAGGUACAGAAUAGUUAAGUGCAUAAGUUUCUAUUCUGUUGAUGCACUUAUAAAUGGGUUUCUAAUAAAUGCCUCACCAAUAGUGA